AUGGGUAUUUUUCUCGACAAAGCCUCGCUCAUAGCUCUGUUUCUCGAGACCUUGUUUUACGGCGUGUUCCUCACGCUGUACUUGUUGACGCUGCUCAUCCUACUGAAGAAAACUGGCGUUCAACGGAUACUUCUCAUUCCGGUGGCAACCUUGCUGCUCUGCACUACCACGGCCCAUCUGAUCGUCGAUUUUGUUCGAGCGUUAGAGGCAUUCGUGUUCAAAACGGAUUCGAUCGAUGCAAAUGCCUAUUAUUCCAACUUUUCUUCGCCGUUGGAACUCGCAAAAAUUGCCAUUUACGUCACACAAACAACACUUGCUGAUGGUCUCAUUGUUUGGCGGUGUUAUAUGAUUCACGAUAAAAGUCCCUUAGUUGCAUUUCCUGGUUGUAUCGUGCUGUUAACCAAUGGGGCGAUUGGAUACUAUAUCGUAUGGUCUCUUUCUAUGACCACCGCUGUUUCCACUACCUCUGAUAAGUGUAUCACCACAUUCAUCACAUUGACUAUGGUUAUUGGUGUAACCUGCACUACUUUGAUUGCCUGGCGUAUUUAUCGCACUCGCCGUUUCAUGCCGGGCGGCCUUGGUGUAUUUUUACCCGUUUUAAUCGUCAUCGUUGAGAGCGGUGCUUUAUACGCAACGAGCGCCCUUGCGUUCCUCCUGGCAUUCUUGCUCGGAUCCAAUGGCCAAUAUACUAUCUUGGACGUCAUCCCUCCUAUCGUGGGGAUUGCGUUCUGCCUCAUCGUCCUGCAAACUCACUUUCACGUAGGUGGUAAACCUCCGAUUGAACAGCCCUCUGAAGGGCCAGACAUCCUCAUCGGCCUGUUUUGA